UACCAAACCAAUUGCUUAGCUAAAUUCACAUAAAAAAUGGCAGUUGAGAGAUUUGAUGUCGUGGUGGUCGGAACAGGUUGGAAUGGCCUCAUAUCUGCCAAGACUUACCUCGACUUCAAACCGAGUGCUAAGCUCGUCCUCGUUGACGACCAGGCGUCAAUCGGCGGAGUGUGGAACAAGGAAAAGAUCUACCCAUCAUUGUAUGCUCAAAUAAAGUUUGGGCUUUUUGAAUACUCCUUCUAUCCGAUGCGCCGAGAAGGCAUCACGAAUGACGGAUACAUUUCUGGAGAGACAAUCAACCAGUACCUUGUCGAUUUCGCUCGCGAUUACGAUCUCACGCGGAGAGUACGGCUGAACAGCAAGGUAAUAAAGGUGGAUCGUGUACCAAAGAGUGGAGAGUGGCAGGUCGAUAUCGAGGGCGGCCCUUCCAUUAAGUGUGCUAAGCUCAUCUACGCCUCCGGGGCGACUUCGCAUCCCGUCGUGCCAUCCUGGCCGCAAUCAGCAGAAUUCACGACCCCAAUCAUCCAUUCCUCGGCCGUCGGCACGCACUUGGACCAGCUAUCCGGCAUAAAAAGAGCCGUUGUGGUAGGCGCCGCCAAGUCAGCGUACGACACGGUCUUUCUGUUGUUGUCAAACGGCGUUAAGGUGGACUGGGUCAUCCGCGAAGAUGGAUCUGGGCCAAUGGCCAUCAUGCCGCCCACUCUCUUCGGCUUCCUUAACUCCAUGGACGUCAUCUCCACAAGGGUCAUGGCAGCAUUCGGCGCCAGUAUCAUGAAAACCAGAGGGCUCGCCUAUCACUUCCUCCAGAGAACGCGGGUUGGCCGAGCGGUCGGAGACCUUUUCUGGAGAGGCGUGACGCUUCUCGCCGACAUGCAUGCUGGAUACUCCAGGACACCCAACACGGAGAAUCUCAGGCCAUUACCGCGUGGAAAGGGUAUAUUCUGGGCCAACGCUGGUCUCGGUUGCGCCAGCGUCCCGAAUUUCUGGAACGUCGUCCACGCGGGCGACUGCAAGAUCCACCGCACGGAAAUCGACUCUCUCGGCGGGACCAGCACCGUCACUCUCCGCAACGGCGAGCGCCUCGAGACGGACUAUCUCAUCCUCUGCACUGGCUUCGACAAGUCCUACCACCCUUUCAGUCCGUCGCUGCAGCACCAGUGCGGGCUGGCGCCAGGCCCGGCCGAUGCAGACAAGUGGGCGGUGCUGGAGGCGGCCGCCGAGGACACGGUCGACAUGCUGCUGCCGACCCUCCGCAACGCACCGGUUCCGAAGUCCGUGCAUGAGGCGAGGCGCGAGGUGCACGAGACCACCGCUGGGGACUCGCAGCCGAGGAAAUUGCUCCACGGCCCCAGCCGCCACUACCGCCGGCUGGUCGUGCCCGAGCUUGCUGCUGCUGGCGACAGAUCCGUGUAUUUCCCGGGCUUCAUACACUCCAUCUACACGCCGUUGGUAUCAGAGGUGCAGGCGCUGUGGGGUGUGGCCUUCUUGCUGGAUCUAGUGGACGUCCCAUCGAGGGACCUCAUGGAGACGGAAGUUGCAGAGUGGAAUGUCUGGUGCCGAAAGAGGUACCUUGCCCAAGGCAGGAAGCAUGCAUAUGCCAUCUUUGAUUUCUUGUCUUACAUAGAUACCUUGCUGGAGGACCUAGGCAUCAAUAUUGUGCGCAGGCGUAACCCUCUUACGGAACUGUUCAUGCCUGUGUAUCCACGCAACUACCGUGGUUUAAUCGACGAGUUCCGUGCUGCAUUAGCCCGGAAGCAUGGACACGACCGAAAGAGCGGGAUUAGUGAGACCACUGAGGACCUCGACUGGGAGCAGGGCUGGGGGGAGGCCGGAAAAUGACCCCUGGAUACUUCAUUUGAAUCGAGCCUCGUGACACUUCAAGUUCAACCAGAUAUCACUGCUAUUGAUGGGUGCAAACAAAGAAAAGCCACCAUUGCCGUUUGGGUAGAUCCGAUAUGUAGGACUGUGCAUACAAUCUGAGAUUUUAUUAUACCAAGA